AUGUGCGAGAUCAAGAUGUUCCACGAGCCCAUCUUCCGCAUCAAGGUUGACCCCGACCUGCCUUGCGACUGGGAGCACUUUGGCCGCGCUUCUAUCUUCCUUCUGGAUGACGAUAUCGUCCUCAAGCUGCAAAACCAGUACCCCGUCGCUCAACUCAACCUGCCGUCGGACGACAUGCUUCUCCUCGUCUCCCUCGGCGCUUUCUCCGCGGGUGACCUGGAAAAGGAAACCUUCGCUCGGUUGAAGGACUCACCGUGUCCAAAUCUAGUCGUCGAGUUUGACAGCGGCCGGGAGGGACUAAGAUUCUCCGAGCGUUUGACCCCGGUGACGGCAGUCUGGGCGGCCGCUACGGAGAACCGCCGACGCCGCUGGGCUGUCGAGAUGACCUCGGCUUUUGCCCAUCUGGAGUCGCUGGGCCUUGUUCCUAGUGGCAUCUCUGUCCGGGACCUUGGAAUUGAUCGGACGGGCCGGCUAAAGCUGAUUGGCUUUGCCACCUCGCCCCGCCAGCCUUCAAACACCACCGAGGGCGACGAAGAAGAGCUUGCCGCGUACCUCCGGCAUCUAGACCGCGCACAUCAACGCCUCGCUUGCUGCUUGUACUACCUCCUAAGUGGCAUCGAUAUGAACAACAAGGUGACAGCCAUUACCUCUGCCGAAGAGCUUAGGACGUUCCGAGAGACGGCCCGCCAAGGCGAGUACCCACUGGAGCCGGAGGCAUCUGGCGUUGCUGAAAUCAUCCAAGCCGCUUGGAUGAAACAGUCAGGGACUACGACAACAUUUGCUCAAAUUUCCAAGGUUGUGCGGGGUGUGCUGGACGGCCUGGGCAUGGAACAAGAGUCGGAGCUUCCGCCCGUCCUCACCCAGGCGUACUAUCAAUCACUUGACGCAAGGUGUCGCGAGUGGGCCGAUGCUCAGGUCUUAGAUCCGGACUGGAUGGGGCGCGACGAGUACGAGAUGGAGUGCGAAAAGGUUGGGUACUCGAACUAA